GCCGCAGCGGGAGGGGGAGCGGGAGCGCGGGCGGGGCCGCCCCGGGCCCUCCCACCCUGCGCCACUGACGUGGCUCUCCCCGCGCUGCGCAUGCGCGCGCGGCCCUUCCGGAGCGGAGCAGGAUGGUGCUGCUGGAGAGCGAGCAGUUCUUGACGGAGCUCACCAGGCUCUUCCAAAAGUGCAGGACUUCCGGGAGCGUUUUCAUAACGCUGAAGAAAUAUGAUGGCCGAACAAAGCCAGUUCCACGCAAAGGCCAUGUAGAAAGUUUUGAACCAGCAGACAAUAAGUGUCUCCUAAGAGCAACUGAUGGAAAGAAGAAAAUUAGCACAGUGGUGAGCUCAAAGGAAGUAAAUAAAUUCCAGAUGGCAUACUCAAAUUUGCUAAGAGCUAACAUGGAUGGCUUGAAGAAGAAAGACAAGAAAAGCAAGGCCAAGAAGAGUAAAGCUACACAGUGAUGGGAUGGUGUGUCACCAGCACUAUAAUAGACUUGACCCUUGCUCAAAGCAAAGUCCAUUUCUUUUUGAGUUACCACUUGUCUUUGGCUUUCCUUCCAGCAGGAUACUGGGAUGUGAUCAGUACUUUUGUUUAAACUGAGAGCAGAAGUGCUUUCUUUGGGUUGUUGUAUGGCAGGAGUAUGUACAGCAUUAUACUGAAAUAGCUUUACACUCAGCUGGUUUGUACUUACACUGCUGGGUUUUACUCUGCAGUAUAAAACCUGUCUGGGGGUAGCACAGGGUAAGAGAAAUGCACCGUACCAGAAGCAAAACAAGACUGGUGCAGCAGCCUCAGUGACAGAUGCCCAGGUUUAUAGAUGAGCCUCAGUAGUUCUAGGGAAAGCAGGUGCCAUCAUAUUAUCAGGAACAGCUGCUUUCCUGUUUCUUUCUUAAUCUGAGGGCCAUGUCUACAUGACACAGUGCAGAUAUCCCCAAGGCAGCCAGCAAAGUGCUGGAGUUCCUGCAGAGCCUUCACUCCAUGCUAAUCCAGCUGUUCUGACCUGGGUUCAGGGUGGGGGUAGGGUAGGACUCUGCAUCAUGUUCCCUUCAGACAUGGCUUAAAAAUGCUCAUGUCACCUAAAUUUUUUUUAAAAACAUCAUCCUUCAGGAUAUUCAGGGAUCUGAAUUUUCCUUCAUUCAUAUGAGCAGAUGUAAAAAGUAAAUAUGUAAUUGCUCCUAUUAAACAUAAUGAAAAAUUGA